CGUCGAGCGCGGCCGCGAGGGGACGGUGAUGAUGAUGAUGAUGAUGAUGAUGAUGAUGAUGAUGAUGAUGAUGAUGAUGAUGAUGAUGAUGCUGGGAAGCCUUUCGAAAAUCGUAGGCGCAUGUUGAGACCGAUACCUGUCAGCCUCGCUUUGCUUAUCAUGCUUGGUGAUGCCGAUGGGCGCACGUGCUGCCCAGCCGUACGGGCGAUGCUUCUGUGCUACCACCCGAUCUUGCUGCCAGGCCUGCUCGCAAUGCUCUUCCACGCCCGUCAGUCCUUGAUAUCCUGCAGCCUGAUUGCUUGCCCGCUCUCUAGGUAUCCUUCGCUCUCGAGCUUGAAAAUGACGUCCAAGCACCAGUCCUGCGCCGUCUCGGACAGCACGACGUCGGGCAGCUGCACCUCGUUGUCCAAUAGAUGGUGCAGAUGUUGCGCAGUCCACAGAGUCGUGGGACCAGGACGGAGAGAGAUAAUCGAGCAGACCAUAUCCUCGAUAGGCUGUAGUAGGGGUCGCGUGGUGCGACGAUAGUUGCCCGAGCUCGGAGGGACCUCUUCGACGCUGUAGAGCCUGCACAGAGAUGUGGCCCAACGUGGUGCAAGUCAGCAGUGUGCCUCAGCUCCGCCAUGAGCAUCUAGCAUACGUACCAGCCGUGACCCUCGUCCUCUGCUGUC